AUGUUUCGCGAUCUCGUUCGGCAGGCUGCACCGGCCACUAGCAUCAAGGAGGUGCCGGAAGAUUUCCCGAACAUGAAGUGGGUUCAGCGUUGGAUGAAAAAGCACUCCAAGGUGAUUUCCUACCGAAAAGGGCGCAUUCUGGACGUCAAGCGCGCGGAAUGCUCGACUACGGAGAACGUGCACUACUACUACAACAACACUUGGACCUCAUGGACAAGCCUGCGCAGAUUUGAAACUGCGACGAGACGGGGGCACCGCACAGGGCAACUGCAACGAGCGCGUGAUCUGUUCUAA